AUGGCCAAUCCCUUUUUGAUGGACGACGACCUGGAUGGCGGAGACAUGACCGCCAAUCCAUUUCUUAUGCAAUCUGAACCUGAACCUAGUACGGAUAAUCCCUUCGGAGCAGCUACUGGAGCUUCAAAUCCCUUUGCCUUUGGUGGCGAUGAUCUCGAAACGGGUGCGGAACCAGAGGCGGAAGCAGCCCAUGAUAGUGAUCUCGAUCCGGCGAUGAGUUUCUUUGGGACCACGAUCGAGGCGGAGGACGAUGCGUUGAGUCUGAAAUCGGGUGCUGAGGAGGAAGACGAGGGCGGCAAGAAACCGGCCCAAGCACAGCAACAUGCACACCCGCCUCCGCCACGCCCCCAGGCUCCUCCACAGAGCACCCAAGAUCUAAUCAGCACGGUGUCCAAUCAGCUGGAGGAGACCAGUUCGGAGCUACUUGGUCGCAUACCCGCAACCCGAUCUCCGAGUCCAGUUUCGAUGCGGGAUCUGCACUCGCCAAGCCCCACUCCGGAUUCGGGACUAGCUGAUCUUCUUGAUGUGUCGGUGGACAGUGGUUCGAGUGCCCAUACUCAGGGCAUGGAUGUGGACUUGAUUGGGGGCGUUGCAGGUGGUGUGCCCUUGGACAAUCCAUUUGCAGUGCCGACGGCGGUGCCGAAUAUACAGGCGGCAGCACCGCUGCCAGCCACGCCUGUGAAGCAGCCCCCACGCCCACCACCACCUCGUCCUGCUCCACCACGUCCCGCGCCCCCAGGUCAGAUGGCGCCCCAAAGACCUCCGCCACCGGUUGCCGCAGCUGCUCCAGCCGCCGCAGAAGCGGAUGACCUGCUGGACAUGUUCGGCACUACGUCGAGCAAGCCGGUCAAGCCACCACCACCCAAGUCUAAGGAGGACAUACUAAGUCUCUUCGAGCAACCACAAGCACCGCCAGCACCCAAACCGGAUUUACUGCAUGACGAUCUGCCCGAGGCGAAGGCGGAGGAUGUGCCGCCCGGACAAGACGAGCCGGACGAAGGGGAGGGGGAUGGGACCACCUCGCGGGAUGAGCCGGUAUUCACCUCCCUGCUGAUACGACCAGACGAGAGUACACAUGACAUAACCUCCCAACCGCAGGCGGCUACGGGACUGGAACGGCAGGCGAAUCACAUGGCGGCGCCCCCGGAAACGGCCAGCAGACAGAGGGCGCCCACGCCGGAUAUCGAGAUAACCACGGUGGAGGAUCUGCCGCGUUCCGAUGACGAGGACGAGGACGAGAGGGAUGUUAAACAGGAACCGGAAGUCGAGGCAGAGCCACAAAUUGAACCGGAAACGGAGCCCGAGAUCAUCUCUGAUCACAGUCCGCCAACGGAAUCGUUUGUUACCACCCAGAUGGCUCUCGCUAAUGAUGAACCUCUAACUAGCGAGCCCGAGCCGGAGCAAAUGGACACCGGUCUCGACUUUCCGCUGGCCACCAGUGACCUGGCCAGUGGCCAACUGUCCGCCAACCCCUUCGCCAGCCCCGAGGAGGAGGAAGAGCCGAGCUUCGCGCCCGUUCCAGCGGUGGUGGCCAAUAUCUUUGCCGUGGACGAUUUGGAACCUGAAGUGGAGCCUCCGACGACGGAAGUGGCGCCCAGCUAUACGGCAAACAUCUUUGCCGCUGAGCCGGACGAAUUCGACGCCUUCUCGGCCAAGUUCGACUCAGUGAAGAAGGACAAUAUUAGCAUACUGGAAGGUUUUGGAGGAUCCGGAGCCAUAACGCCCACGGGCGGAGACGCUUGGGGGGACAGUGCUUUUGGAUCGGCCACAAUCUCAGCUAAUGCCUUUGGCGACACCAACUCGGCGGACGAUGGGUUCGGCAAUGAGGACGACGACUUCUACGCGAUGCAGGCACCAGCACGCGCGGAUUCCGUGGAAUCGGUAGACAAGGAGUUUAGCGUGGUUAUCCGCCCGAAGGCGGAGGGAAGUGGUGGAGUGGCCCCCCAACUGGCGCCACCGCCACCGCCGGCGCGGGCCGCCAACCAGGCACAGACCACAUCACCGCCCGGCUCAACCGUAAAUCCCUUCGAGGAUGUCAGUGGCUUCCCGGCUCCUGGGCCACCACCAACCGAUGGAAGCGCCAUGAAACGCACGGACUCGCAGGACACGCCACAGACACCACUCUAUGACGAGGAUGUGUCGCAGCCACUGGAGGAGUUUCCGCGACUCCAUUAUGUGGGACCCGGCUGGGAGAUGCAGCUGCGUCAGCCCAACAAGAAGAAGAUCACCGGACAGCGCUUCUGGAAGAAGAUCUUCGUCCGCCUGGUGGUGCAGAACGACGUGCCGGUGGUGCAGCUGCUCAACCAGGCGGGCGACAAGCAGCCCUUCCAGGAACUGCCAUUGCAACCCUCGUAUUCCGUGUCGGAGAUCGGGGCCCAGCAGUACGAUCAGUUCGGCAAGAUAUUCACCAUGAAGCUGCAGUACAUUUUCUACAAGGAGCGACCCGGGGUGAGACCCGGCCAGGUGACCAAGGCGGAGCGGAUCACCAACAAGCUGACCAAGUUCGCACAAUACGCCAUCGCUGGCGACUACGAGGGCGUCAAGGAGUUUGGCAGCGAUCUGAAGAAACUGGGCCUGCCCGUGGAGCAUGCCCCGCAGUCGUCGCAGCUCUUCAAGAUCGGAUCGAUGAACUACGAGGACAUGAAGCAGUUCUCCGUUUGCAUCGAGGAAGCGCUGUUCAAACUGCCCGCCCUGCGGGAACGAGCAUUGACCUACAAAAUGGAGGAGGUUCAAGUGACCGCCGUGGAUGAGAUCACUGUGGAGCAGGACUUCGAGGGGAAGAUCCUUAAGCAGAUUGCCCGGGUGCGACUAUUCUUCCUCGCCUUCCUCACCGGCAUGCCCACCAUUGAGUUGGGCGUGAACGAUAUGUGGCGGCAGGGGAAGGAGGUCGUCGGCCGGCACGACAUCAUCCCGGUGGCCACCGAGGAGUGGAUCCGGCUCGAGGCAGUUGAGUUUCACAGUGUGGUUAAUCAGCAGGAGUACGAGAGAACGCGCACCAUCAAAUUCCAACCGCCCGAUGCCAACUACAUUGAACUGCUGCGCUUCCGUGUGCGUCCGCCCAAGAAUCGCGAACUUCCGUUGCAGCUCAAGGCCACCUGGUGUGUCACCGGCAACAAGGUGGAGCUGCGGGCCGACAUCCUGGUGCCGGGAUUCACCUCCCGCAAGCUGGGCCAAAUCCCCUGCGAGGAUGUCUCGGUGCGCUUCCCCAUUCCCGAGUGCUGGAUUUACUUGUUCCGCGUGGAGAAGCACUUCAGAUAUGGAUCAGUCAAGUCGGCACAUCGGCGAACUGGCAAGAUUAAGGGAAUCGAGCGGAUACUGGGUGCCGUGGACACGCUGCAGGAGUCGCUGAUCGAGGUGACCUCCGGACAGGCCAAGUACGAGCAUCAUCAUCGGGCCAUUGUGUGGCGUUGUCCCCGUUUGCCCAAGGAGGGUCAGGGUGCUUAUACCACGCAUCAGCUGGUCUGCCGUAUGGCCCUUACUUCGUAUGACCAGAUCCCAAGCGAACUGGCGCCAUACGCAUUCGUGGAGUUCACUAUGCCCGCCACGCAGGUCUCGCAUACCACCGUGCGCUCCGUGAGUGUGCAGGAUUCGGAUGCCGACGAGCCGCCGGAGAAGUACGUCCGCUACUUGGCACGGCACGAGUACAAGGUUGGCAUCGAGACCACGCACGGCGAGUCCACGAACGCGUAUCUGGCGGCAACGCGUCCCAUUCGCGAGGAGCCGCCCAGCACGGCCACCAAGCCAACUGCAUCCCCGGUUCCGCCUAGCGAUUCGGACUCCGACUCCAACUAAGGUGGCAAAUCCAAAUAACCGAGGGAAUUGAACGGCAGUACACCCAAGCAGCUUUCUGUAGAUAUUCCACGUGCAUGGUUUUCCCAAUCGUUCUUGUUAAAUACCUAUUAUAUAAUACACAUAGAUGUAUCUGUCCCCUAAUAUAUAUUUUCGUGUUCGUCUGCCGCAAUUUCCCCCUUUAGCUUUUGCAGCGUGUUCAUCGCGUUGGGUUUAGGUAAAUAUUAGUUGACAAUAAUGUUAAGUGCAGGAACUGAAGAGUGCGAGGAUUACGAAGCAGACGAUAGGAUGAACACUGUGUAAAAAGCCAAAUAAGUGAGGACCGAGACGAAGCUGGUGGAUCUGUGGACACGUCACUGGAGGAGAAGAUAGCUAAAGCGUCUUAAGAACCCUACAAACCCGCAGCCACAGCCAUAAUCACAUAACCUAACCUAGCCUCCCCUAAAACGAAAACAAAAUUGCGUUACUUGUAGCCAUACGAUCACGUUAAAGUUAAUUGAUAUCAGACCAGAUCGUACGUAAAGUCAACCCAUACAUAUGCAUAGGGAUAAUUGUUAUAAUCUCAAACAUACACACACGAAGCAUAUAUAUUCAAUAACUGAUGUAAUCUGAACUAGGCAUUAAGCCAGGGAAAUUAAAAGCAAUUUCCCCAUGCAGCAUUCCAAAAAGGCUCAAAUGCACAUAGGGGUAACACAACUAUAACGAGCUGCCAGCCUUACAUAAGAUUAACCAACGCUGGCUCCAGCAGCCAACUUCGCAUAUUGUUAACCAAAUGUUGAUGGCUGGAAAAAGGUAAAGACGCCAGUUUCGCAUAGGUUAAUUAACACUGGAGUGAGCUGCUAGCUUUACACAAAGUCAAUCUAGCUGGUCAGACUACAUAGUGUGGGAAGUUUAACGUAAAACUAUCUAUAGCCAUCAGAUACACUUUAAGCUUAUGUAUACCAUUGAUUUAACGAUACAUUUAUAGAUGAAUUCAAAACUCCAAGCGAAAGCUAAACAUAACCGGAAAUGCAUAUUCAAAUGUUAUUGUUGUGAAUCAAAUUAAAUUAUAUUCAAACUAAACUAAAAAGUAAAGGAAAACAAUAUAGGCAAAUCAUCUUUGUUAUCGCAAAAAGUAAACUAAAGUGUAUGAGGAAACCAAAAAAAAAAUCUAACUUAAACUUAACGAAGAUGUUCAUAACUACGUAGGUCAUUCCACGUCAAACAUGGCACACAACUUGAGGCACCUCUUGGAAAAAAUACGAAACAAUUUUUUUCCUAUUAGGGAUUAAAAAAAAACAUCAUGUUAAUUUUCUUUGUAUUCCGGCGUACAGACAAAACUACAUAAUUUUUAAUAUAAAAAAAUAUAUUUUAAUACUCUAAUUGACUUCUGUGUGCAACUUUUAAAUAAAUUAUUUACGCAAGCCUUAAGUUUAUUUUUAUUUCAUAAGAAAGAGCUUUUAACUUUGAACCCCGCCAAUAAAUGAAAUAAAAAAAUAUCGUAUACAGAUUGUAAAGUAGCCUCCUCUGUCGUAAAAAAAUUUGUUUUCAAUUAAAGUGGGGACCUCAAAUUGCACUCCAUGUUCGACGUUUAAAGACCCAUAUGCCAUAACUAUUGAUAUUAAUUAAUAACUGAUUGAUUGAUUGCGUUUAAUAGGAAGAUUGCAUAAAACUAGAUUUGUUAAUUGUGCGUGUUAAAUGAAUAUAUUCUAUGAUCCCAGCUUAACCACCUCAUAAAACGUUUGCCUUUCUAGAUUUCUUAUUCACUCCAUAACUCCAAAUCAACAUAUAUUCCAUGUCAGACAGCUAUCCUACGAACACUUAAAACGACUUGCAAUGGAAUCACGGUUAAGUGUUGAUAGAGAAUGUGUAUAUUGUACCCCUAAGAAGCGAUUCUUCAUUCAUGUAUUAUGUAUGUUACAUUAUUUACCUACGUUUAAUUAUACAAAUAUUAUAUAUCGUCUAUAACAUAUGUAUUGUAUGUACAAUAAAAAGAAAAAUCAUGUAAACAGACCGAUCGGUUGACAAACACUCUCACAUGUUAUAUUUAUAAAUUAAUUAUACAAAAAUCGACGGUGCCGAUGCAAUAUAUACUCCCGAUCCGUUUCGGAUUGAGAGCAUAUACUGCGCUGGGAUUGAUCGUUAUUAUACAAAUAUGCGGCGAAAGCUAAUGGUAUUAACCGAUAAACUAAAUUCAAUGUAAUGAAUUAUUAUGAACCGAACAAAAAAAAAACGCAUUAUGAUGGAACAUUAUCUAGUCAAAUGAGAAAAUAAAUAUUGAGACAACAAAUAUUAAGCAAUGCAAA